AUGCAAGACAAAGGGCGUCAGGUCAAUGCUGAGCCUUACGCGUGGCCGCAUGACGGUCGGCUGAACCCGCAGACAACGGCUCUAGUAGUCGUAGACAUGCAACGCGAUUUUUGUGAAGAAGGCGGCUACCUGUCUCACCAAGGAUACGAUAUAGGACAUACGAGAGCCAUCAUUCCGAACAUCAAAAGGCUUUUGGCUUCAUGCAGGACCAAAGGCUUUCCUAUCUUCCAUACUCGUGAAGGACAUAGAGCCGAUCUGUCCGAUCUUCCGCCUAGGGAGCUUUUCAGGUCGCGCAACAACCCAUCUGGGCUGGGAAUAGGCGAUGAAGGCCCGCUUGGACGGCUUCUGGUUCGUGGCGAGGCAGGACACGAAAUCGUCAAAGAAUUGUGCCCUCGGCAAGGCGAACCGGUGAUUGACAAGCCAGGAAAAGGCGCCUUCACGAACACAGAUUUUGAUCUCUUACUGAGGGUCAAGCGCAUUCGCAAUCUCAUCAUUUGCGGCGUGACUACAGAUGUCUGUGUGCAUACGACGAUGCGCGAGGCGAAUGACCGAGCUCUGGAUUGCUUGCUGGUAGAGGAGUGCUGUGCUGCAAGUGAGGAGCAUCUACAUCGCGCUGCGGUAGAGAUGGUUCGGACUGAGGGCGGCGCGUUUGGCGCUACGGGUUUCUUAGAGAAUGUUCUGAAAGCCAUCGAAGAUUGAACGAUGCA